AUGUCGGAGAACUUUGUGGAUUCCUACGGAGGCUCCCUCCAGUACACAGUGCGCUACCACCUGGGCCGAGGACAGUCAGAGCUUGUCCGGAAGCCAGACGUGGUCCUUGUGGGCAAUGGGCAGAAAUUGCUUUACCGGCUACAGGUGCCUCCCGAGCCCUUUGUGACCAACCGGCGCCAUAUCCAUUUCACAGAGGAGAACUGGCAGAAGGAAUCUGGGGAGCCUGUGAGCCGGGAGGAGCUGCUCCUCACCCUGCAGAACCUGGAGGCCGUCAUGAUCCAGACGGUGUACGAUAAUCGGAUGGCCACGGUGGGACUGAGCAACAUCGUCAUGGACACCACCACCACAGAGGUCACCAGCCUGGGUGUGGCGCAUCAUGUGGAGGAGUGCAGGUGCCCCGUGGGCUACUCUGGCCUCUCCUGUGAGCAGUGCGAGCCUCACUUCAAGAGAGUCUCCGGCGGCCCCUACUUGGGCAUCUGUUCCGGCUGCAGCUGCCAUGGUCACUCCACCUCCUGCGACCCCUUCUCGGGAUACUGCCUGAACUGCCAGCACAACACGGAAGGGCCACGAUGUGACAAAUGCAAGCUGGGCUUCUUUGGUGAUGCCACCCAGGCCACCCCAGAGGCGUGCCGGCCUUGCCCAUGCCCGUAUACCGAAGCUCCGCGCAGGUGUGCUCCUGGCUACAAAGGCAACCCCAUCCAGCCAGGCGGGAAGUGCGUGCCGAUUGGAGGAGACACCGAGAUUCCAGGGAAGGAGGUCGUCUGCGACGAGCGAGGGGGCAGGAAGGCCUCAGAUGGGGGCUGCCGCUGUAAGCCCAACGUCCAAGGGCGGUCGUGCAAUGAGUGUGCCACGGGCAGCUUCCACCUGAGCCACGGGAACCCCGAGGGUUGUCUCCGCUGCUUCUGCAUGGGGGUCUCACGCCAGUGUGCCAGCUCCUCUUGGAACAGAGAUCAGGUGCAGCUGACUCACGAGGAUGCUCAGAGAGGGCAGUUCGGUCUCGCCAACUCUGCCAACACCCGGACGGUCAGCGAGGGGAUCCGCUUUACGGGAGGCUCGGAGCUCACUUUCUCUUCCUUCCACAUUCUGCCACGGGACGUCUACUACUGGUUGCUGCCCGAGCGCUUCAAGGGAGACAAGGAUCUCUGACAUCCACAUGGAUGUGGCAGUACCACAUUCCACAGGCCUGAGCCCAGCCCCCGAGGUAGAGGAUUGCACAUGCCCGCCCGGGUAUCGAGGGCCCUCCUGCCAGGACUGUGACGUUGGGUACACGCGCAGCACCAGCGGACUGUACUUGGGUACCUGCGAGCCAUGCAGUUGCCACGGGCACGCCACCGAGUGCGACAUGGAGACGGGAGAGUGCCAGGGCUGCCAGCACCACACGGAAGGGCUCCACUGUGAGCGCUGCCAGCCAGGAUUCUACGGGGAUGCCCAACACGGGACGCCCAGAGACUGCCAGCCGUGCCCCUGCCACGGACCAUCCUCAGCUAUCCAGGAAAGGGGGACCUGCUUUGUGGACGCCGACGGAGAGCCAACCUGUGACUCCUGUGCCCAGGGUUACAUCGGACGCCAGUGUGAAAGGUGCGCUCCUGGCUACGUUGGGAACCCCAGCCUGGGUCAACCCUGCACAGAUCCCGGCUCCCGGUGCCAUUGCAACCCACACGGCAGCAUCAGCCACCACUGUGAUGCCAGCAGGCAAUGCCAGUGUAAGGUGGGCUCCUACGGAGGACGCCUCCGCUACACGCUUUCCUACUCGGCCGGAGGGAGAGGCACCCCGCUGCCCGAUGCGGAUGUACAGAUUACCGGCAACGACAUCACCCUGGUGGCCUACCUAUCCGAGCUGCGGCCUCACGAGCACAAGGGCUUUGAAGUGAUCUUCCGGGAGCAAUUCUGGAAGCGACCGGAUGGGCAGCCUGCCACGCGGGAGCACCUGCUGAUGGCCCUGGCCGACCUGGAUGAGAUCCUCAUCCGCGCCACCCACUCCACAGAUAUGCUUUCGGCGGGCAUCGCUGGUGUCAGCAUGGAGACUGCGGUGCCCACCUACACCAGCCUGCCCCGGGCUUUGGAAGUGGAGGAAUGCCGCUGCCCGCCCGGAUACCAGGGCCUUUCUUGCCAGGACUGCGCGGCCGGCUACACCCGGACCGGCGGAGGGCUCUACCUGGGUCACUGUACGCUGUGCGAAUGCAACGGGCACUCGGAGUCCUGCCACCCUGAGACUGGCACUUGCUCGCACUGUCUGCACCACGCGGCUGGGGAGUUCUGUGAACGAUGCGCCCCUGGCUACUAUGGAGAUGCCACCGCCGGGACCCCCGAGGACUGCCAGCCGUGUGCUUGCCCAUUGCCGGAUUCUGAGAACCAAUUCUCGCGGACGUGCGAGAGCCUGGAGGGCGGCGGCUAUCGCUGCACCGCCUGCGAACCUGGUUACGCUGGCCAGUAUUGCGAACAGUGUGCCUCUGGAUAUACGGGCAACCCCAACAUCCGUGGUCAGAAAUGUCUUCCGUUGGGACGCCCCGACCAGCCCCGCCUGGUCGUCCAAAUCCAUCCCUCCCGGACGGCUGUGUCCCAGGGCAGCGAAGUGACGCUACGUUGCCAGGUCAGUGGGGAGUCGCCACAUUUCUUCUACUGGUCCCGGGAAGAUGGCCGCCCCGUGCCAAGUACUGCCCAGCGCAGGGAGGAAGGCGUCGAGCUGCACUUUGCUAGCAUCCGGCCCUCGGAGGCCGGCGUCUACGUCUGCACCUGCCGAAACCCCCAUUUUACCAACUCCAGCCGCAGUGAGGUGAUCGUCACAGAAGGUCCCAGCAAGGCCAUCUCCGUGACGGUGGAAGAGCAGAAGGUGCAGAACGUGAAACCAGGCAGUGACGUCACCUUCCUCUGCACCGCCAGGAGCAAGUCUCCUGCUUACACGCUGGUGUGGACGCGGCAGAACAACAGGAAGCUGCCCAGCCGCGCCAUGGAUUUCAACGGCAUCCUGACCAUCCGGAACGUGCAGCCGGAGGACGCCGGCAUCUACAUCUGCACGGGCUCCAACAUGUUUGACAUGGAUGAGGGGACAGCCACCCUCUACGUGCAAGCUACCGCUGCUGUCCAGCCCACCGCCACCAUUGAACCCACCCAGCUGAGCGUCCAGCCAGGCCAACCAGCUGAGUUUCGCUGCAUCGUGACCGGAAGCCCAGAGCCCACUGUGGAGUGGAUCGGAGGACCCGGAGGCGUGAUCUCCCGCAAGGCUGUUAUCCAGGGCGGGAUCCUGCGCUUUCCUGCGGUUGAGCCCACCGACGAGUCCCAGUACCUGUGCCGAGUGCGAAACAGCGUUGGGCAGCACAUGGCGCGAGCUUUCCUGCAAGUGCAAAGUACCAGCGUCCCCCAAGUCCAGGUGAGCCCCGAACGGACAGAGGUGCAGGAGGGCAGCACCGUCAGACUGUACUGCCGGGCUGCGGGCUCCCCAGCGGCCACCAUCACCUGGGAGAAAGAGGGCGGCAGCUUGCCUCCACAGUCCCACUCCGAGAGAACCGACAUCUCCACCCUGGUGAUACCCUCCAUCACGGCUGCCGACGGAGGGGUGUACCUGUGCGUGGGCAGCAGCCCGAUGGGAGUCGGCAGAGCCCGCAUUGAGGUGGCGGUCGUUCAGGUGCCCGGCGUCUCACCGAUGGUCAAGAUUGAACCUUCGUCCUCUUCGAUCACCGAAGGCCAGUCCUUGGACCUGAACUGCGUGGUGGCCGGCCACCCUACAGCAUCCGUCACAUGGUACCGGCGGGGAGGGGCCCUGCCAGCCAACCACCAGAUCUAUGGGUCCCUCCUGCGAAUCUUGGAGGUCUCGGCCGCUGACUCUGGGGAAUACGUCUGCCGAAUCAGCAACGGAGCUGGCCCGAAGGAAGCCUCCAUCAAGGUGACCAUCCAGCAGAGCCACACCCCCUCUCAAGGGCCGUCACCAGUCCGGAUCGACUCCGUUUCCUCUUCCAUCACGGAGGGUCAGUCCUUGGACCUCAACUGCCAGGUCACUGGUCUCUCGCAGCCCAGAGUCACUUGGUACAAGCGGGAAGGGUCCCUCCCAGCGAACCGCAAGAUUUCUGGCCUCCAUUUAAGGAUUCUCAAAGCCACAGUAGCGGACUCAGGCGAAUAUGUGUGUCGGGUGACCGACGGCGACAACGGCGUCGUUCGAGAGGCCUCCAAAGUGAUCCUCGUGCACAGCAGCUCCGAAACCUCGGGAGUUACCCCUCCGCUCUGGAUCGAGCCUUCGUCGCCCUCCCUCGUCCCAGGACAAGCCUUGGACUUGAACUGUGUCGUGGCUGGCCAAACCAGUGCCACCAUCACAUGGUACAAACGAGGUGGAUCCUUGCCAGCCGGUCACCAGGUCUCCGGUUCCCACCUGCGCAUCCCCCGGAUCUCCCCGGCUGACUUGGGGGAAUACGUCUGCCGCGUCAGCCUGGAUUCCCUCACCCGAGAAGCUUCCAUCCUCGUUUCUGUCACCCGCUCCUCCUCCUCCACCUUUGGCGUGGCUCCCCCGGUGAGGAUUGAGGCCUCCUCCUCCGUCAUAGCGGAAGGGCAAACACUGGAGCUUGACUGUGUGGUUUCCCGCCCGGAGCAAGUCAUGGUUACCUGGUACAGACGGGGUGAAGCCCUUCCAGCCCAUCAUCAGGCCUUGGGAACUCGUCUGCGUCUGGUCAAGAUCUCUCCGGCUGACUCUGGAGAGUACGUUUGCCGGGUCAGCUCCGAUGCCGCCAGCCAGGAAACGUCCGUCUUGGUCACUGUCCAGCAACAGGAAGGCAGACCCACUUUCCCUGCUGGGGUGAUCCCACCUGUACGGAUCGAGUCUUCUUCCACCUCGCUCUCCGAGGGCCACACCUUAGACCUGAAAUGCAUCGUGGCCGCCUCUGUGCCGCAGGCGAGAGUCACCUGGUAUAAGCGAGGAGGGGCUCUUCCUGCCAGCCAUCAGGUCUCCGGUUUCCUCCUGCGCAUCCCACAGGCUUCACCAGCUGACUCUGGGGAAUACGUCUGCCGCGUGAGCCACGGCUCGGCCAUUCACGAGGCCUCGCUGGUGGUGACCAUCAAAGGUGAAAGGGACUCCUACUCUGUGGGCGUCACUCCCCCGAUCAGGAUUGAAAUGUCCUCCACAGUCAUCUCCGAGGGGCAGACUUUGGACCUGAACUGCCUGGUGGCUGGCCAAUCCCAAGCCAAAGUGAUGUGGUACAAGCGCGAGGGUGCCCUGCCUGUCCACAGUCAGAUUUUCGGAACCCGCCUCCGAAUCUCGCAAGUUUCGGCAGCCGAUUCGGGCGAGUAUGUCUGUUACGUGAACGAUGGCACCAGCCGACUGGAGACAUCCAUCAUUGUGUCCAUUCCCAGCAGCUCAGGCGGCCCAUCCACUUCUGGGGUGAUACCGCCGGUGAGGAUUGAAUCCUCCUCCUCUUCCCUCGCCGAGGGACAGACCUUGGAGCUGAACUGCCUCGUGACUGGCCAGAACCACCCCAAAGUCAGCUGGUUCAAGAGAGGAGGACCCCUCCCACCCAACCACCAGGUCUCGGGCACUCGCCUUCGCAUCCCACAGGUCUCCUCCGCCCACUCCGGCGAGUACGUCUGCCGUGUCAGCAGCCCCAAUGCCGUCCAGGAGGCGGUGUUGGUUGUCACCAUCCAGGACAGUGAGGGACCCUCCCACCCCACAGGGGGUGCCUCAGCUCUGAGGAUCGAGGCUUCCUCCUCUGCCGCCAUUGAAGGAGAGACCUUGGAUCUGUCGUGCAUUGCUCCAGGCCAGCCCCAGGCCACGUUCACCUGGUAUCGGCGAGAGGGUCAGCUGCCUGCAGGUCACCAGGUCUCCAACGCCCAUCUGCGACUGGUCCGACUCACCCCCGCCGACUCUGGUGAAUACAUCUGCCGUGUGAGUGGAGGCAGCGUCCCACAAGAGGCGUCCUUCAUGGUCUCUGUCGUGGCCAACACCAGUCCUACUUCCCGUCUGCAGAGCCCCAUCAUCUCCAUAGAGCCCCACAGUGUGGUUGUGCGCGGAGGGGACGAGGUCUCCUUCCGGUGUCACAUCCACAAAGGCAGCCCGCCUCUCGAGAUCACCUGGAAGCUUCCCAACAACCAGCUGCUAGAUAAUGUGAGAAUCAGCCCUAAUGGCUCUGCGAUCACCAUCUCCAAUGCCCGUCCAGAAAACCAUGGGGCCUACCGGUGUGUGGUCUCCAACCCGUUUGGGAUUGCCAACAGCCUAGUCAACGUCCUAGUCCAAGGGCUGCCUACCGUCUCGGUGGUGCCGAAGGGGCCCCUGCAGCUCAAAGUGGGCAAAUCCAUCAGCGUGGACUGCCUGGCAACCGGGGACCCUCGAGCUGUGGUGGGCUGGACCAAGCUGGGAGCUUGGAAGAAGCUGGAGAACCAGAGGAUGCUACCCUUGGAGAGCCGAGCAGUGCUGCAGAUCUCCUCUGCAAAGCUGGGAGAUGCCGGUACCUACGUGUGCGUGGCCCAGAACUCCGUGGGCACCACGGAGGCGCAGGUGGAUGUGAGCGUGGAGGCGGUGCACGGCAGCAGAGGAGUCCCCGAAAUCCAUGUGACUCCAACCCAGACGGUGGAGGCGGGACAGACGGCUCGGCUCCAUUGUUCUGCCACAGGUGACCCGACUCCCACCAUCCACUGGUCCAAGCUACGGGCUCCCUUGCCAUGGCAGCAUCAGGUGGUGAAUGACACCCUCAUCAUCCCCCGGGCAGCCCAGCAGGACUCGGGCCAGUACAUCUGCAAUGCCAGUAACUCUGCGGGGUUCACGGAAGCCUUCAUAGUGCUGGAUGUGGAGAUACCACCUUACGCCACCAGUCUUCCCAACCGAGCAGUGGUGCACCAGGGCGAUGCAGUGCAGCUGCAGUGCCUGGCCCACGGCACGCCCCCGCUGCGUUACCAGUGGACCAAGGUGAAUGGCAGUCUCCCUGGACGGGCCACGGUGCGAGAGGGCAUCUUGCAGUUCAGCCCCGCCGGGCACCGGGAUUCCGGCACCUACCGCUGUCAUGUCAGCAACCGGGUGGGCUCCGCUGAGGCUUUUGCCCAGGUCUAUGUGCAAGGCCAUGCUGGAGAACCCCUCUCCGUUCAGGUCACCCCUCAGAGUGACACCAGAGCCGUGGGUGCCACAGCGGAGUUUGUGUGCUCCGUUUCCGGGGAUCCCGGGGCGCAGAUCGAGUGGUUUAAAGAGGGCGGAGAGCUGCCUCCCACUCACACCAUCCGCAAUGGAGUGCUGCGGAUUGAGAAGCUGGUCCCGGAGUGCCAGGGGGUAUAUGUGUGUCGGGCCAGGAGUCCCUCCGGUCAGGCCCAGGAGAGGGUCAGCCUGACUGUCCGGGCCCUCCCCAAAGUGAUGAUCAACAUCCGGACAUCGGUGCAGACCGUCCUGGCGGGCAAUGCCGUGGAGUUUGAGUGCCUGGCUUUCGGCGACCCCAAGCCGGACCUCACCUGGAGCAAGGUGGGCGGGCAGCUGCGCCCGGGAGUGCUGGCCAGUGGAGGCCUGGUGAAGAUCGAGCGGGUGGAGCAGGCCGAUGCGGGAAAGUACCGCUGCACGGCCACCAACAACGUCGGCACCGUCCAGUCCCAUGUCAUCCUGCAUGUCCAGUCCGUCCCGCAAGUGGCUGCCCAGCCAGAAGUGAAGGAGGUUUCCACAGGCUCCACCGUGAUUUUCCCAUGCUCGGCCUCCGGGUUCCCUGUCCCAGAAAUCAAGUGGACCAAGCUGGAAGGAGAGCUGCCCCGGCAUGCCCGACUGGAAGGCCACAGCCUGAUCAUUCCCUCGGUUCGCCUGGAAGACACAGGUGUCUACGUGUGCACAGCAUCCAACCGGCAGGGGAAGGGGACAGGCUUCUCCAUGCUCAAAGUGCGAGAGCGGGUGGUGCCCUACUUUACCCAGAAUCCUCAGUCCUACCUGGUCCUGCCUACUAUGAAGGAUGCCUAUCGGGUGUUUGCCCUCGAGAUCACCUUCCGUCCCGACACCGCGGAUGGGAUGUUGGUGUACAACGGGCAGAAGAAGAACACGGGCAGCGACUUCGUCUCCUUUGGGCUGGUGGGGGGCCGCCCAGAACUCAGGUUCGAUGCCGGUUCCGGCAUGGCCACCAUCCGACACCCUUCGAUCCUCAACCUGGGCGAGUUCCACACCGUCCGCCUCUACCGCAACCUGACUCAGGGAUCCCUGGUGGUGGACGGUCACCCCCCUGUGAACGGCAGCUCCCAGGGCAGGUUUCAAGGCCUGGAUCUCAACGAGGAGCUCUACCUGGGCGGGUACCCCAAUUAUGCAGCCAUCGCAAAAACCGGUCUCAGCAGUGGAUUUGUAGGAUGUGUGCACCAACUCAUCAUCCAAGGGAAAGAGGUGAUCUUCAAAGAUUUUGACCUGCAAGCCCACGGAGUCUCCAACUGCCCCACCUGCCAAGACCAACCAUGUCAGAACGGAGGAGUCUGCAGAGACUCGGAGAGCAGCAGCUACGUAUGUGAGUGUCCCCAGGGGUUCGCUGGCAGCAACUGCGAGCACCCUCAGGCCCUGCGCUGCCAUCCAGAGGCCUGUGGGCCCGAUGCCACCUGCGUGAACCAAGCCUCCGGGGAGGGCUACACCUGCCGUUGCCUCUUGGGACGACACGGAAAGAAGUGCAUGGCGGGCCUCACGGUGACCACCCCCCUCUUCCUGGGUGGAGAUGCUUUCAUCUCGUACCCGACCCUCACCAGAAACCCCUACGAGCUGCGGCUGGAGAUCGAAAUCAAGCCGCUCUCCCCCAACGGCCUCGUCCUGUUCAACGGGGGCGACGGGACCCCCGUGGCUGAUUUCGUCUCGCUCAACAUGGCCAAUGGGCACUUGGAGUUCCGCUACGAGCUGGGCUCAGGUACCGCCGUGCUCCGGAGCCACAAGCCCCUGGCCCUGGGGCAGUGGCACAAGGUGGCGGCCGAGCGCCUGAACAAAGAUAGCACCUUGCAGGUGGAUGAGGAGCGGCCUGUCAAGAGGUCAUCCCCCGGGAAGAGCCAAGGCCUCAACCUGCGCACUUCUCUCUACCUUGGAGGGGUGGAGGACACAAUUAAGCUCCCAGCAGCCGCCAACAUCUCCAGCCACUUCCAUGGGUGCAUCGGAGAGGUUUCGGUCAACGGGAAGAAGGUGGACAUUUCCUACAGCUUCCUGGAGAGUCGCAGCAUCGGGCAGUGCAUCGACAGCUCCCCUUGCGACCGCAGGCCUUGCCAGCACAGCGGCCAGUGCUUGAUCACGGGGGAGUACGAGUUCCAGUGCCUGUGUCCAGACGGCUUCACGGGGGAACGCUGCGAGGUGCCCGAGGCCCACUGUCAGCUCCAUCAUCCCUGCCUUAAUGGGGGGGUCUGCAAAGGCACCGCCUGUCUCUGCCGCCAGGGCUUCUCAGGGCUGUACUGUGAACACGAUGAACUGCAACACCAGCUGAAAGCCGAAUGGCCAGAAGGCAGCGGAGGAAAUGAUGCUCAUGGACAUUACGGGGCCUAUUUCUGCAAUGGGGGCUAUGUGGCCCUGCCGAGACAUGCUUUCCCCAGGAGCCUUCCGGAGUCGCCAGAGACCAUCGAGUUGGAAGUGCGCACCACCUCUGCAAAUGGGCUGCUCUUCUGGCAGGGAGUGGAGGAAGGGGAACCAGCCAAAGGGAAGGACUUCAUUAGCCUCGGGCUAAAGGACGGGCAUCUGCUGUUCAGUUACCAACUGGGAAGCGGAGAGGUCAACAUCCGCUCUGAAGACCCUGUGGAUGAUGGAGAGUGGCAUCGAGUGACCGCUGUCCGGGAAGGGAAAAGAGGCUUCCUUCAGGUGGACGGAGAGGAGGCAGUGACUGGAGAAUCUUCUGGCAGGAAUGUCAUGGUCAACACCAAAGGCCGGAUCUAUAUAGGAGGCGCCCCCAACAUCCAGACGCUCACGGCUGGGAAAUACGCCUCAGGAAUCACAGGCUGCCUCAAAAAUGUGGUAAUGGUCAAUGCCCGGCCAGGCCAGGAGCCCCGUCAGCCAGUAGAUCUGCAACAUCAAGCGGAAAUGGCCCUGAACAUUCAGGAGUGCCCCUCAUAGGGGAGGCCCACCCACCCACCUUCCACCCUCUUGCUCUUCGUUGCCAUCGCCGGGCCAAAGGAGAGACAUCUACGCUGAUUAUCAUUAUUUUAUUAAUAUUAUUAUUAUUACAAAUUUUUUAAAAAGAAGAAACACACAAACGGUGCUUUUGCUGCUGCCAAAAAAAGAGGAAGGGGGGAGGGAAUUGGCUGAUGGCGUCCUCGUCCUGGGACGGCAGGAAAGGAGCCACACGCCUUCUUGAAGGACCAGGGAGCCCUGCCAUGCUGUGCCGGAAGCUGCCAAAGGAGGCCCGAACCAGGCCGGCUUCCCAGAGUUUGGCAAGUGAACCGGGCGCCCCGACGGCUACUCUGCUGGGCCGGCUGGCUGUGACUCACCAAAGAUCCUGCCCCUCGCCCUCCCUGGGGCAGCGAGAGGAUCCUGGGAAGGUGGUCUCGGCACAUCCCCAUGCCCAGCAAAUGCCAUGUAGGAGACGGAUCCUUUUGAAGUCCCUUCUCUGCCUCGUUGCCCUGCACAGCUGCAGUGCUUCUGAGAGGUGCCCCACCCGACUUCGCCCUAUGCCUGUGGGUCCUCUAGGGCCAGCUGCUUUAACCCCUGGAUCAUGCCUAGGAAUCCUGGGUCUCGCCCCGUGGAAGGAGCAACCCUGCUGCACCCUGGGAGGUGUCUUUCCCACCGCCUUUGUGUUGCUUCAGUGCCUUAUUGGGGAGGAGGGGCGUCUCCUAAUGGAUGCACAGGCUAUCUCCCAGCCCAAUCUCCUCUCACCCGCCCUCCGUUGCCUGCUGAGUGUUAUUUCUCACAGCAAAUCUUCUGGAAACGAGGCUGUUUCUUGGGAGGCAGAGAGCAGAGAAGCCCCACAAUCCAGAAAGUCCUGUCCCUGCUAUGGGUCAGUCAGAAUCAGAAGGGUUUUUUUUUACCGCUUUCCAAGGACAAAAGGAGCUUUGCCUAACUAGCCAGGUCCAAAGAAACUUCUGUUGCUCGGACAGGAGAUUGCUGAUCGCUGGCAUUGCUGACUGCUGACAUCCUUGUCCUCUCCUGCCAGCCGCUCCCCCCCCCCCGCACUGGGGCCAGCAAACUGCUUUUGCCUUGGGGGGGGAUGCCUGGUUCUACUUCAGCCAGGGCACCCCACACUUCUCAUGUUGGCCUGGCUGCCCUGGGCAUUUUGGUGCAGCCCCUCUUGUGUCCAGGAUUGGAGCGGCCAGCCUACAAACUCUCUCUCUGCUUCUCCUAUCCUCCUUCCUUUGACUGUUCUUGUACUUCUUUUUCUUAAUAAAUGGUGCUGAACCCCA